GUGACGGGCGGUGUGCGGUGUUCUUCCGCAGGGUACGAGGCGUGACGGCAGGGCCCGGCCGAGGGUCCCGCGGAGUAUUGCGCCGCCGUGGAUGAGAGCUCCGCUGGGCGAGAGGAGCUCCGGGAGCCAUGGCCGCGGUGGUGGCCAAGCGCGAGGGGCCGCAGUUCAUCAGUGAGGCGGCGGUGCGGGGGAACGCCGCCAUCCUGGACUAUUGCAGGACGUCUGUCUCGGCACUGUCGGGCGCCACGGCGGGGAUCCUCGGCCUGACCGGCCUUCACGGCUUCAUCUUCUACUUCCUGGCUUCCGUCCUCCUCUCCGUGCUCUUGGUGUUAAAAGCCGGACGGAGAUGGAACAAGUACUUUAAAUCCCGAAGGCCACUUUUCACGGGGGGGCUUAUAGGAGGGCUCUUCACAUACGUCUUGUUCUGGACUUUCCUGUACGGCAUGGUUCAUGUCUACUAAACAGACCAGGAGCCACGUUAGUUGCAGUGGUUUUUACUUGAGCAGGAGGACUGUUGCCAGAACUCACCUACACAACUAGGCCAGCUUACCUUUGAAACUGUUGUCCAUUGCUUGCAUUGUUAAUACUGUCAGUAAAUUAUGUCCAAGUACAAAUGAAGCGGUAGCACUGUUCUAAUUAAACUGAAUGUGAACCACUA